AUUCUUCUUGGUGAUCCUCUUAACAUCAUCAAAAUGGCAUCCUCAUCGACAGGACCAUCAGGUACAAUGGUGGAAAGUACACCUAUACGUCAAGUACCGAUCAAAUUGCGUACGUCUCAAAGUACGUUAAGCAUUCCUGAUGUGCCAUACUUAGUGCCUACAACAUGGCGUAGAACACAACUUUCAACAUUGGUCAACAGGCUGUUACAACAGGGUGUCAAUGAUGAAGACACUGCAGCAGCAACAAAGAGUAUCCCAUUCGAUUUCAUUAUUGAUGGUCAAUUAUUAAGAGUAUCUUUAGAUCAAUACCUACAAAGUAAAGAAUUAACGGAAGAAAGUACAUUGGAAAUCGAAUAUGUUCGAAGUACUCUACCGCCCACUUUCACAGCCGCUUUCGAACAUGAUGAUUGGAUCGGUGGCAUUGAUGCAUCAAGAAAAGGAUACUUCUUAACUUCUUCAUACGAUGGAACAUUACGUGUUUAUGGAUCUUCGGCUACAGAAAAACCAAUCAAUACAUUCAGACCAACGGAAACUGCUUCUUUAACAAACGUAUGUUGGCUAAACGAUUCGCCUUCUUCUUCUCGAUUGGCUGUUGCAGGUAUGGAUGGAGCUUUACGCAUUUGCAAUCUACCCACUGCAGAAGCUGGAGAGGAGGUUUUACCUGCUUCUCUUGAAUCACUCUCGUAUACAAAUGCAUUCGAUACGACCAUGCCUUUAUCUUCCGUUUCAGUCAAUAGCAUCGGCGAUACUUUGGCAACAGCUGGUUGGGAUGGAUGUGUAGCAAUUUGGGACGCAGCACAAUCGGGUGAUGUUGACGGGGACGAUGACCGGACAUCAAAGCGCAGAAAAGGCGUAAAGGGUAGCUCUGUUGCGGGCAAGGUACCAUCAAAGAAGCCACUUUCGCUGCUGUGGCAUUCAACACCAGUUUCCGGAUUAGAAAGGAUGCCAAACACAAAUGCAAGAUUGGCAAAUGCGGUUUGGAACGAAAAGCGAUCUGUAAUUUCUGCUGGUUGGGAUGGUGCAGUUAGAGGAUGGGAUAUAAGUACAGCAAGUUGCACGUCCACUAAAACAUCGGAUAAAGUAAUCCUUGCACUUGAUGCAAUGUCAGGACAAGAUCUUGCCGUUACAGGACAAAUGGAUCGUACGGCCGCUUUGUGGGAUUUACGAUCACAAACGACAAAUAUUUCCUUAUCUUUUGCUCAUUCUGCACCUGUUGGAUCCGUUCGUGCUCAUCCUACGUCCUCCUUGCUGUUUGUUUCUGGAUCGUAUGAUGGUUUGGUACGAUUGUGGGACACACGUUCUCCUAGGGCUCCUCUAUUUUCUCUUGUGAGACCUAGUGGCGAUAUGCAGGAUGCCGAACAAAAGAAGAAGAUUUUGGCUUUAGAUUGGGAUCCAACCGGUCAAACAGUUGUUGCUGGAGGAGAAGAUUGUAGAUUGACAGUUCAUCAUGGUCAUGGCAUUGGCCGGGAAGAUUCUGCUUAGAUCAAUCACGUAAAAGUGAACAGCUAUUGAGAACUUUCUUUAAUGC